AUGGCCAAGUCCAAGAACUCGUCCCAGCACAACCAGUCCAAGAAGGCACACCGGAACGGUAUUAAGAAGCCUAAGACCUCGAGGUACCCGUCACUCAAGGGAACCGACCCCAAGUUCCGCAGGAACCACAGGCAUGCGCUUCACGGCACCAUGAAGGCCCUGAAGGAGCUGAAGGAGGGCAAGAGGGAGACGGCUUGA